AUGGCGUCCACCAUGUCGGUGCGCAAGAAGAACGGGCGCCUGCGCAAGACGCUGGGCUAUGCGACGAGCUCCCCCACGAAGCUGCACACUUCCCCGCCAAAGCAGCCGCCGUCGCCUCCGUCAUCGUCGCCAGAGACUCCCUUGAAGAUUCAAAAAGCUCUUUCACCUUCCACGUCGCCCGAGAUUCCCCUCAGCAUACUCAGAGCUCGUCAACCCACUCCGUUGUCACCCCAUGUCCUCCCCAGCGAACUAUCUGCUAACAAUGCCUUCUCUUCUCCAGCCAAGCGCAAGGCCGCCGCGCCCCUUAACCCAGACUCUCCUUCCAAGCGACCGAAACAAGAUAGCGAGACGCCCGACGAAGCCCCGCCACAGCCGAAGAAGCUAAUACCUUUCCCGGAGAAGCCCGCUGUCAUCGAGGAAAAGACUGGCGAAAUUGAAUUCAGAGUGGUCAACAAUGAUGGCAAGAGGGAAAGCACCAUCAUCCUCACGGGCCUCAAGUGCAUAUUCCAGAAACAGUUGCCUAAGAUGCCGAAGGAUUAUAUUGCACGUCUAGUGUACGAUCGAACGCACUUGAGUAUAGCAAUUGUGAAGAAGCCUCUAGAAGUUGUGGGAGGCAUAACGUACCGCCCUUUCCACGGCCGCCAAUUCGCCGAAAUUGUCUUCUGCGCUAUCUCCUCAGAUCAACAAGUCAAAGGCUACGGCGCCCACUUGAUGUCCCACCUCAAAGACUAUGUCAAAGCCACCUCGGACGUCAUGCACUUCUUGACCUACGCCGACAAUUAUGCCAUCGGCUACUUCAAGAAACAAGGCUUCACCAAGGAGAUUACACUUGAGAAGUCACGCUGGAUGGGUUACAUCAAAGAUUACGAGGGUGGCACCAUCAUGCAAUGCAGCAUGGUGCCCAAGAUCCGCUACCUCGAAUCCGGCCGCAUGCUCCUCAAGCAGAAAGAAUGCGUCAAUGUCAAGAUUCGUAGUGUCUCCAAAUCCUUCGAAGUUCACGCACCACCCACUCAAUGGAAGAACGGCCUUACCAAAAUCGAUCCCCUCACCAUCGCCGCGAUAAAACGCUCUGGGUGGUCUCCCGCCAUGGACGAGCUUGCUCGUGCACCCCGUCACGGUCCCAAUUACAACCAACUGCUUCACCUGCUCAACGACCUGCAAAAUAAUAGUAACGCAUGGCCUUUCCAACAACCGGUCAACAAGGAUGAGGUCCUCGACUACUACGAUGUAAUCAAGGAGCCAAUGGAUUUGGCGACCAUGGAAGAGAAGCACGAGAAGGAUUUAUAUCCCACGCCGGAUGACUUCGUUCGCGAUGCCAAGUUGGUCUUCGACAACUGCAGGAAGUACAACAACGAGAGUACUCCGUAUGCCAAGGCAGCGAACCGGUUGGAGAAAUACAUGUGGAGUAAGAUCAGAGAGAUUCCCGAAUGGGCACAUCUCGAAGCGGACUAUGGUGGAAAGUGA